GCUGGGUCAUUUUCCACCUAAAUUGGCCUACAGUUUAACUGGCCAUGCUGUUGGUGGUGACGUGUGGCUCCUUGUAUACUGCUUUUUACAGACGCAGUGAGCCAAUAGUGCUGUGGCGCUAUGUUCCAGAAGCGUGUCAUUGGGAGUUCCUCCCAGAGCCAGGCAGCCUUGUGUUUCACCGGCCGAAUGAAGGCGUCAUUUCCAGACGCGCGUUAUUUCUGAAGCGACUGACUCGCGCGCCGGGUCCUGACGUCACGACGCGCGCCAGUAGUUGGAAGUGGAGCGUGGUGUGUCAGUGAGCAUGGGGAAAGAUAGAUUCUUCAUUUUUGGACGCAGGGGUGCUUACUAUUGCCUGUCUCAUAGGUUACAGAUGAAUCAGUCUGGCUCUGGGAGAGGAGUGCAGCCAAAAGUUUCUAGCCUCUCUGCCUCUACCGAAGCACAGAAGGUGGAAAGUCAGCAAGCAAGAAAGCAGCCGGUAGUGGAACAAACCUUAACGACUGAGCCUCAAACUUCUUCAGCGCCCCAAUUGGAUGCUUUAGUGUCCCUAAAAAAGCGUGCAUUGGGUAGAGGAAGCAUCUUCCUCGGACAGGAGGCCUAAGAGAUCUCGGGAAGUGCUGUAUGAGUCCAUUUCGGAGGAUGAAUAUUAUGAUCCUGCGGAUGUCCAGUCAGAUUUAUCAGAGGAAGGAGAAAAUCUCUCUGAGGAUAAGUCUGCCUUUGAUUUCUCAACAAUAGAAGGUCUAGUGAAGGCAGUAAGAAAGACAUUAAGUCUAACGGAGGAGACCCCAAAGAGUUCUUCGGCGGACAAAUUGUUUCCAUCUGUGAAGAAACGUUUGUCUACUUUUCUGGUUCAUGGCUCAAUUAAAUUAAUUAGCUCAGAGUGGAAAAAGACAGAAAAGAGAGUGGUUAUUCAGUGGAAAUUUGCAAAAAAACUACCCUACCUGUUGACGAUGCGGGUGCAUUUAGAGAUCUGAUGGAGAAGCGGAUGGAGUUUGAUCUAAAGAAAGCAUUUGUCUCUGCCGGAGCAUCUUGCAGGCCUGCAGUUGUGCUUACUUCAACUUCUAGGGCAAUGAAGAUCUGGUUUAAUAAUCUAGAAGAUGCUAUUUCUUUAAAUGUGAAGAGAUCAGUUUUGCGAGAUAUGAUGUCUGAUCUGAAAAUAGCUACUGAUUUCGUGGCAGAAGCCUCCAUCGAUUUUGUCCGUUUGGCGGCGAGGUUGAUGGCCCUUUCGGUGGCAUCUAGGAGGACAUUAUGGCUAAAGUCCUGGUCAGCAGACACUGCCUCCAAAACCAAUUCAUGUCAGUUGCCCUUUGAAGGAGACAGAUUGUUUGGUGAAAGUCUGGAUUCGAUUAUUAAAAAGGUGUCCGGGGGGAAAAGUGUUUUUCUCCCGCAGGAGAGAGAAUUCAGAUGUCAAGGGUCUAGAGCAGAAUUUUCGGAAUUCAAGACAAUACAGACCUGGUAGGUCCCAGAGUAGACAGUCCCCAUGGAGAUCUUCUAGGCGGGAGCCACGGCAGCCGGCAAAGAAGGCAACUGUCUGAUAUCAUUGUGUUCUGUCAGGUAGAACACAAUGAUAUCAGGCCGGCUCGAGCCUGUGCAGUAGGAGCGCGUCUGGCACUCUUUGAAGAGGUUUGGGCCGAGAAUAUUCGGGAUCAUUGGGUUCUAGAGAUUAUAAAAGAAGGUUAUCAACUGGAAUUUUCCAGGGUCCCAAGACACGAUGUGUAUCGAGUUUCUUUGGUUCCGAAGGUUCAAGGGGCAAAAUAAAUAUUUCAGGAAUACGUGGAACAGUUGCUAGAAACUGGUGCUGUGGAACCAGUACCUCGGGAGCAACAAAAGAGAGGAUUUUACUCCAAACUCUUCCUAGUCAAAAAAUCCUCAGGGGCGUUCAGACCGGUGUUGGAUCUUCUGCCCUUAAAUCAGUUCGUACAUUGCAGAAAAUUCAAAAUGGAAUCCCUGGCAUCCAUAAUCGCAGCGGUUCCUCCUCGGGCAUGGUUAGUAAAUCUUGAUCUCAAAGAUGCAUACUUCCAUGUUCCAGUGUACAGUCCACACUGAAAAAACCUUGUGUUCCAGGAGCAGCAUGAGCAGUUCACUUGCCUCCCGUUCGGCCUGUUUACCUCUCCAAGGACUUUCUCAAAGGUCUAAGUGACAGUAAUAGCCUUCUUGAGAGUGGAGGGAGUUCCAGCCUUUCAUUAUUUGGAUGAUAUCCUGCUGGUAUCCAACUCAGAGGGAGAUGUUGUAAGAAAAAGAGACAGAAGCUGUUGCAAUUCUGCAACAUUUCGGUUUCCGUGAUAAACUGGCAGAAAAGUCAUCUAAUGCCAAUUUAGAAGAUAAUUUUCCUGGGAGCCAGUUUGGACAGUCUUCAAAGGACAGUGUCUCUUCCAGAGCAGAAAGUCUCGCACAUCAAAGACCGAUUGAAGUCUUUUCAACGACUCGCCAGAGUGACAGUCAAGGAUUAUAUGUCACUCCUGGGACCAUUCAGAUGGUACGAUGGGCGAGGUGGCACAUGAGACCCAUUCAGAUCUGUUUUCUGAGAUCGGGGACCACCAAUCCCAUGAAUCUUAAGAAACUCCUUCAUAUUCCAAAACAUGUGAUGGCGAGCUUAAACUGGUGGCUGGUUCCGGGGAACCUGACCAGAGGAAUGCUGUUAACCAAGCCAGACUACAUCACGAUUACAACAGACACCUCUCAAGUAGGCUGGGGAGCCAUGUUGGACGAUCUGUCAGACCAAGGGAAGUGGGAAGUCUCAUCUUCAUUCCAAUAUAUUGGAGUUGAGGGCAAUAAAGAUGGCUCUAUUUGCAUUUUUAGAGAGGAUAACACAAAAGUGGAUAAAAAUCCGGUCAGACAAUGCCACGGCUGUGGUCUAUGUACAAAGACAAGGAGGCACCAAAAGUGCUCGGUUGAUAGAAGAGCUGUCAACGAUCAUGUCAUGGGUGGAGAUAAACUUCAGAGGUUUAGUAGCCUUUUAUGUGCCAGGCAAGAUGAAUGUGCAGGCAGAUUUCCUGAGCAGGAAUGCCUUGGAGCCUGGAGAGUGGUCUCUGAAUCUCUCUGUGUUCCAGACCAUUGGCAAUCCAGAGAUAGACCUCAUGGCCUCGGAUCACAACCACAAGUGCAGGAGGUUCUUUUCAAGGUACCCACUGGAGAGGGAUGGUCGGUUAUGUCUUUCCACCCUUUCCAUUAAUUUGGAGGGUGUUGAAGAAAAUAGACAAAGAAGGGACACAAGUGAUAGCAAUAAUUCCAUUUUGGCCCAGGCGUCCCUGGUUUCCGCUUUUGAGGCAGAUGUCAGUGGAGCCUCCAAUGAAACUACCGACUGUGAAAGAUCUACUGAUGCAGGGUCCAGUUUCCUUUCAAGAGGUGUUCCACUUGUCGUUGAGGGCGUGGAAGUUGAAAGGCAGAGGUUCUCAGAUAUGGGCCUCGAGAAAGACCUGAUAGAAUUACUAUUGAAAUCUAGGAAACCCUCGACAUCAAUCAGUAUUAUCGUGUCUGGUAAUGUUUUGUCAAGUUUGCGGAAGAUAGAGGAUUUAAUCCCAGAUGUCCUUGUGCGUCGGAAUUGGUGCAGUUUCUCUAUGCUGGGUACCAAAGGAAGCUGUGUCAGUACCUUGAGAGGACAAGUUUCGGCACUUUCGGAAUUAACUGAAAGGUCAUGGGCUGAGGUUCCCUUAGUCAUCCGCUUAUUUAAUGCACUGAAGAGAGUGUGUCCAGUGAGACGACUAAGAAUGCCUCCCUGGGAUUUGCCUUUGGUCCUGAAGGUUUUAACGGCAGUUCCUUUUGAACCUUUAGAAGAAGCUUCGGAUUGGCAUGUUACUUUAAAAUCUUUAUUCCUGGUGACGAUCACUUCAGCUUGCAGGGUUGGGGAAAUUCAUUCUCUCUCGGCAAAGGAACCUGAUACGAUUUUGUUUCCUGACAAAGUUGUCUUGAGACCAGCAUUUGAAUUUCUUCCAAAGGUUGUGUCACAAUUUCAAAUAGAUUUGGAGAUAACCUUACCCUCCUGUUCGAAUCCAAAAACAGAGCGUGAGCGGCAGUGGCAUACGUUGGACCUAGUUCGAAUAAUCUCACAUUAUCUGACCCGUACACAGUCGUGGAGGAGAUAGGAAAGACUCUUUGUCACUCCAAGAGGCCCUAGAAGAGGUUGUGCUCCAUCUAAAGCCACUAUUAGUCGAUGGAUCAUUGAUUGCAUAGUGUUCGCCUAUCACAAGACGGGCAGAGAGGUACCUAGAGACUUGAAGGCUCACUCUACUAGAGCACUGGCUGCUUCCUGGGCGGCGGAGGCCAGAGCGCUGCCAGAUGUAAUUUGUAAGGCUGCAAGAUGGACCUCCUUACAUACGUUUGUCAAACAUUAUAAGUUGAAUGUUUUUCUUUCCCAAGAAGCUAAAUUUGGGAGAAAGGUUUUGCAGGCUGUGUUGCAUUCAUAAUAAAUAUUAAGCAUCAGUUGUUAUCCCUCCCUUCUUAUGGGCUUUGGAAAUUCUCAUGUUGGUGAUGAGCUGCCAUGGCUUGGGAAAUAGAGAUAUUUGUAUUACUUCCCGUAAUUUCUAUUUCCAAGUCACCUACCAUGGCAGCACUCACCAACUUCCCUCCCUUCUGAAGCUAGAAAACAUAGACAAGGUAGGGGCGGUGUAGAGCAGAUGAUAUAGGGUGUUGGAGUUAACCCUUUCCUGUCCAGUGACCUGAGGGGCGGUGAGUGCUGCCAUGGUAGGUGACUUGGAAAUAGAAAUUACGGUAAGUAAUAAAAAAUUCUCUAUUCCUGAAUGUAUGAAAUAUGUUUUUUUCAUAAUCAUUUAAGAUUUAACAUGUU